UCGUAUGUGUUCUAUAUCCCGAUGGUGCGACGCGGGUAAUUUCUUAAAUUCGGAGUCCUCUCAGACAUCAUCAUGCAGAGUUUCCAAGUAAUUGAAGAAACACCACAGUAUUGUGUUGAAACCUUUGGACCAUCUCUUCCUGUACUUAUAACAGAAGUUCUUUUACAAGCUGAUCGUUCAGCCAAUAUCAGUGUGAAGCUAGAUAACUCAGGAUGGGCGUGUCUAGUUUGUGACAGACGGCUAUUUAUAUGGAGAUACAAGCAGACUCAGGCAGCAAGGAUUGGGCUGUGUUACCAACUGGCGCUUCCAGCCACUGAGCUAUGUCACCGAGCAGAUCUGAUAUGCCUGAUCCCGACUGGUGGAGGCAACAGCGGGGCCGACAGCCAGAUGGUCUCUGUCCUGGCUGUGUCUCCAGAGGGCGUAGUUCGCUACUGGCCCACAGCCCACAGGGAGAUUGCCUACUCGGAACGAAGUCUAGAGCUGGGCGGUCAGGAGUGCUUUACCCUGACGGCAUUUGGGAAACACCAGUGUAUAUUGGCAACGACUACAAAUCAGUUGAUGAUGAUCUCUGUAUCACCAUCAACCAUGCAGUCCCAAGUGGAAGUCCACACACUAAAGUCCAGUCAGGGGAUGAUAGCGAGAGUGUCUUCAUUUCUCUUUGGAGCCCAGAAAGAUGAAACAUCCGGUCUAAGACGGGUUCUUGCCGGUUCCGCUGAGUCUGCAGGAUACCCUCUCUACAUCCUCCAAGACUCCAUCCUUCAGAAGUGGUUCAUAUCGGGACCUGGACAGGAACAGGUUGUCUAUGAGAAGCAGUUGGAUGGCCUUUUCAAGCAACAAUUCCAAAGAGAAAUGGGUGCAUCUUCCAUGGAAAACAUCAAAGUGUGGCUACUUGAUAUUCAGCUUAUCUCCAAUAUCGCAGUCAUUCUGGCAGGAGCAGUAAACACAUCAUCACCGAACCAGAGGAUUAAAAUCGCCAUUGCAACACUGAAGGUUCAAGUCGACACGGACACACCAACGAAACUUGAAAGCUUUGUUGUCGCAUCCACCCCUCCACAGGAUUCUGAUGAUGAGGGUGCCCUAGAUAAGCAUCUCCUGCUUGCCAAUCCUGGAGGCCCACACUGCUACAUCUACUCACAACACUCUAUCGUAUGCUGCUCAGGAUUGUUUGACCAGAUGCCAUCUUUCCAGGAGGUGGGGUUCUCCAAGGCAGGCGACUCUAUCAGGGGUGCAGGUUGCUUUGAUGGCCAAGCUAUUUUCUUCUCCAGCAAUCACGGGGUUAUCACUGUCAAUACAUCGCAAUCAGAAAUGCCAAGUUUCAUUAUGGAUGACAGCAGAACAGGGCAAACUUCAAGACUAGAGCAUAGGAUACACAUUACUGGAUUUGAGCACCGUACCAAACGGCAAUCCAUGCAGCAGCAAUCCAUGCAACAGCAAUCCAUGCAGCAGUCUUCCUUCACCACGCCGUCCGCUAGGAGUCGACCCUUUCAGGUCAUGUCAGCAUCCAGGUCGCGACCUGACACGUCCAUCCUGGAGACGACAGGAGACUUAGAGGAGGAUAAGACGAAUGGACUCAAGAUGGCCUUCCUACACUCGUGCAAGCAUGACAUGAAUAAGGCAGAGAACUUAGUCCAGGACCUUUUCCUCCAAGACACAUUUGAGAGAGGCAAGACCAACUCGUCCCUGGACCAGGCAGUGGCUAAACUGAGUCGGGAACUCAUCGAUGAUUUUCCAGCUUCGGAUCCAAGAUGGGCGGAGUCUCUCCCUCAAGAUUCUGUAGCAUCCACUGGUUCCCUCAUCCUCCUGCACCAGCUGGAAGACAAGAUGAAAGCCCAUGAGCAUCUCGUCAAGUUCAUCAAGGAUGUCGGUAUCUGGGACAUGCUUCAUUCAGUGAUAGUAAGAGACCUACCGCAGACGACACACAACCUUCUCAGUGAGCAUGCCGAGAAGCUCUCUGCUGCUAGAGCACUGUGUAACAAACAUGUCAAAUUCCAGGGACUGAUAGACACAGCAGUAUGUCGUGCCUUGAGGAAGAGGAAGCAAGAUGCAGUCCCUUCCGGUCUUACCCCUAGAGACAUCUUCUACAGAGAGGUGUCUAAAAUGGAAGAUAUUGUGGAAGCCUUGAUGGAGGAAGAGCAGGAUCUUCUAUCAAGUGGACUUACUCCCCAGGACACAGUGAGUCUCAUCUCUAGCAUCAACACCAUCAUUCAGAGUGUCCUCCAAGAAGCCUGGCACCUCCACCAAUCAAGGUCACUGGUCUACCAGUCUCACAACGAGGCCAGCGGGACCUCGUUGCCGUUCAUUCCAUGGAUUGCCUCUUCUGGGCCAAGGGGCAUACGUAUGCAGCUUGUACAACAGCAUAACCUGACGGUAGGCAGGGCCGUGGCUAACGCAGAGGACGCCCAGUCUCGCUCCGGUCUCUUCCAGCAGCUCCAGUCCAUCACGGACCUCUUGCUGGAGGGCUACAUCGCCCAGCUGGAAUCUUCCAUGCAGGCUGACGGGGAGGACAGCGUGCAGUAUGCUGAGCUGGAGCAGAGGUAUACCCAGGAGAGGACCACCCUCAUCUCCCCAUUCUUGGAGCAUAGACAGUUCGAGAGAGCAGCUGUGCUUGCUGAGAAGUACUGUGACUUUGGCAUCCUCGUUGAGCUUUGCGAGUCUGGAACGGGCCGCAAGGACAGACUCCAGUACUACAUGGAUCAGUUCUCAAAUAAGGGCUUCUCUGACUUUGUUUUCAAGUACUACAUUGACAGAGGUCAACGUGGGAAACUGCUGACCCAUUUUGCCCAUCGUCCAGAGCUGAGUGAAUUCUUACAACCACAUGACCACUUGGGAUGGCUACAGGAUAUCCACACCAACAACUACUCGCAGGCCCAGGACACAUUGAGAAAACUUGCAACUAGAGAAUCCUUCUCAGUCUCAAAGAAGAAGACGCUGCUGAGCCUUGGCAAGCUUGCUGCUCUAGCAUCGGACAAUGAUCAUCAGAGAGAGAUUGGUGAAAUCAAUGCAGAGUUGGACGUCAUCACGCAUCAUGAACAGCUACCAAGGGAUCUUAUUCAGAAAUUGAAUUUGAAUGGGGAUGAUCUGCCCUGCAUGACUCCACAGCAACUAAUUGAGCUCUACAUCAGCGAGAGGAACACAAACUCCAACGAGUAUGACUUCAAGAAGGCUCUAGAUUUGCUACAGUACCUCCAUAAGGAGGGCUCCCACUAUACAGACCUGAUGGUGAGGAUAUGGUGCAGAGCUAUUCUACGAGAUGAGUGGAAUGAGAUGCAGGGUGUGGACCCAUGGGACUACAUCAAAGACUCCAUCUUCUUUAAGACAGCUGCCAAAGCACUCCAAGAAGGUCUUGACCUGACCGAGUGCCUGCCAGACCCAGACACACUGAUGCAGCACUAUGAGCUGCAAGGGAUGAGGGACAACACACGGUUCGAGUACCUUCUCAGGACUGGCUUUGAGCAGAUCGGCAGGAGUCUAGCCGCAGCUGAGUAACAAAGAAAAUAUAUUCCUUAGGUCUAGCAUGUUGAGCGAAUGAAAUAGGCUUGUAUCGAUCCUUUGGGGCUGGCUUUGGGCAGAUGGGUCCAUGUCUAGUAGCAGACAAUUGGGUUCAUCUAGUACACGGUUUCCGCUGCAGAGGGAUGGAAUGAGACACUUCAGACUCUUGAAAACAUUCCAGAGUCUUGGAGUAAAGAGAGAAUGAACAUCUAGGCAUUGUCUUUAGCAAAAGGAUGAAAUCACUGUUACGCCUUGUUCAUGCAUAUCCUGGUCCAGCCCCCCCCCCCCCCCCCCUGGGGAAAAAACUUGAAAUGCAAAGAAAUAGAUAUGCGUAGCAGUGACUACCAUGUAUUCACUUAUCUGUGUGGUUUAUAAAGUCACACUGUUUCACAUCGUGAGAAUGCUAGUACAAAUAUAGACGAAAUCGAUCCCACCCCACAGUUUGUUUUAAUUUUCCGGGCACUGGCGUAGCCACAGGAGGCACUUGUCCCUGCAAAAGAAUGAUGGUAGAGGAAAACUUGGGGGGGGGGGGAGUGCAGAGAGGGAACAGAGGGUCAAUUGGAAAAGAAGAUGAUAU